UAUGAAGAGCUUUUUUCACUUUUUGACAAUGCCCAGGAAUAUUUCACUGGUGCCCAAGAUGGAACUUUCAAUAACUCUCUGGCAAAGGCCAACGAACUCAAAACGGAGAUUAAAAAGGCAGGAACUCGUAAUGGUCAACUCGUGGAAAAAUAUGCAUCUUAUCUACGCGAUGUGAACAAAGAUCUGUCAAAUACCAUCGUAACGAACGAAGCUUUGAAAACAAAGAUCAACUAUAGCGAAAAGAUGUAUGCUGAACUCGGAGAUGUGUUAGCUGAUCUCGACAAUGCUUAUAAAGAAUUGCGCAUACAGUUGAGCGAAGCCCUGAGUGAAAAUUUGGAAGCUGAAAGUGACAGAUCGGAAAGUCUAGUCAAUUUGUCGGACAGAAAUCAAAGAAGAAUCCAAGACAAGCUGUCGAUCAACUGGGAAAGUCCGUGCUUGUCGACUAGGUCGCUGAGUAAUGAUGAGGGCUACAGCGACGAUGCUUCGGAGUAGAUAUUCACGUAUAUGUAUCUCUGUACAUAAACCGGUAACAAAUGCUUUGCACAACAAAGAGUAUGCAAGUAAAUCUGGCUCAAUAUAACAA